ACACGCUCCUCCUGGUCCACCGCAGCUCCUCUCCACUCCGUGACGCUCGCUCACUUUUCCCUCUCUCUGCUCUUCACACCCCGCUGACAAAACACACACACACACACACACAGUUCCUUUCCUUCCUCUCUUACGUAAAGUCGCCUUCUCUUUAGUCGGUGCCUUGCAAAAGAAGCACGGACACACACACACACACACACACCACAGCUUCGAGUCGUAUUGCAGUUCCCUGCACAUAAUCUCACACAUCCCCAUUGUCACAAUUGCACCCGCUCAGCACACACGCAGACACACACACACACACACACACACACACACAUACAACUAGCCCUCACCACCACACAUAUUGGUACACACCCUCUCUCCUCUCGCUCUCUUUCCCUCCCUCCCAUUUAUACACAUUCUCUCUCUCUCUCUCUCUCAUUCCUCAUCUGCACCUCAGCUGAGUAACAUGUUGCCUUGUCUGACGUCCUCGGCUGCUGCCGCCGCCGCCGCCGCCGCUGACUGAGCAGACGAGAAGGACGAGCCAGAGGGAGGGAACCCAAGCGUCGUCUCUCGCCUUUCGAUGUCCGACUACUUUCUCUGAGAGGAGGUGGAGGAGGAGGAGAGAGAUCUGCUUCCACGCCGUCCUGACUCAGUUGGUCACCUGCGGCCGAAGAGGCAGCCGAGGCUGCGAGAGGGAGCCUGAAAAGUUGCCUCCCUUCCGCUCCGCUGCCCACCCAUCCCCAACCGACCAAACUUUUUUCUUUUUUCUUCAAACCCAUGUGGCAGGAGGCUCUGUGGACCCGCGGACGCUACCUGCUGGAGAAGAGCGAUGGCGGCGAGGGCGGCGAGGGGCCCGAGGGCCCCGGGGACGGGUGUGCCCCGGGGUUCCAGGGUGAGGUGUGCGUGGAGGACGAGAAGCCCCAGGACUGGCUGUACGAGUCCUACUACAGGAUGAGCCAGCAGCAUCCGCUGAUCGUGUUCCUGUUGCUGAUCGUCAUGGGAACCUGCCUGGCGCUGCUGGCGGUGUUCUUCGCGUCGGGACUGAACACAGAAGACCACUUGACGUUCUUGAUCACGGUCCCGGCUGCACUCUUCCUCUUCCUCUCCAUCUUCAUCCUGGUCUGCAUCGAGUCGGUGUUCAAGCGGAUGCUGCGGCUCUUCUCCCUCCUCAUCUGGGCCUGUCUGGUCACCAUGGGUUACCUGUUCAUGUUCUCUGGAGGGAUACUCAGCCCCUGGGACCAGGUGUCCUUCUUCCUGUUCAUCGUGUUCGUUGUCUACACCAUGCUGCCCUUCUCCAUGAGAGGCGCCAUCAUCGCCAGCGCCGUCACCUGCUGCUCGCACACCGUCACCCUCAGCGUCUGUCUGGCCUCCACCGCCACGCAGCUGGAGCCGCUGGUCUGGCAGAUCUUAGCUAACGUGAUCAUCUUCACCUGCGGUAACCUGGCCGGGGCGUACCACAAACACCUGAUGGACCUGGCCCUCAAGCAGACCUACCAGGACACCUGCAACUGCAUCAAGUCCCCCAUCAAACUGGAGUUUGAGAAGCACCAGCAGGAGCGCCUGCUGCUGUCCUUGCUGCCGGCUCACAUCGCCAGGGUGAUGAAAGCCGAGAUCAUCCAGAGGCUGCAGGGGCCCAACUUCGGUCGAACGGAGAGCACCAACAACUUCCACAACCUCUACGUGCAGCGGCACACCAAUGUCAGCAUUCUGUACGCUGACAUCGUGGGCUUCACCCAGCUGGCCACGGACUGCUCCCCGGGGGAACUCGUGCACAUGCUGAACGAACUCUUCGGCAAGUUUGACCAGAUCGCAAAGGAAAAUGAGUGUAUGCGAAUUAAGAUCCUGGGAGAUUGUUACUACUGUGUGUCGGGUCUGCCGGAGUCGCUGCCUCACCACGCCAGGAACUGCGUGAAGAUGGGCCUGGAUAUGUGUGAGGCUAUCAAGAAGGUCCGAGAUGCCACUGGAGUCGAAAUCAAUAUGCGCGUUGGUGUUCAUUCUGGGAACGUCCUGUGCGGUGUGAUUGGACUACGCAAGUGGCAAUAUGAUGUGUGGUCACAUGAUGUAACACUAGCCAAUCAUAUGGAGGCAGGAGGUGUGCCAGGAAGGGUCCACAUCUCCUCUGUGACGUUGGAGCAUUUGAAGGGCUCAUACAAGGUGGAGCCUGGAGACGGACCGAGCCGAGACUCCUACCUGAAAGAAAAUGGAGUGGUCACCUACCUGGUCGUCAACCCCAAGACGGAGCGGCACAGCCCCCUGCUGGGCCUGCGCUCCCGUCCCUCCCUGGACGGCGGCAAGAUGAGGGCGUCGGUGAGAAUGACCCGCUACCUGGAGUCCUGGGGCGCCGCCAAGCCCUUCGCCAACCUCCACCACCGCGAGAGCAUGACCACGGACAACGGCAAGAUCAACACAACGGACGUUCCGAUGGGGCAGUACCACUUCCAGAGACGAGAAAGGUCCAAAUCGCAAAGGAGGAGGUUCGAGGAGGAGCUCAACGAGCGAAUGAUUCGCACCAUCGACGGCAUCAACUCGCAGAAACAGUGGCUGAAGUCUGAGGACAUCCAGAGGAUCUCAUUGUUCUUCCACAACAAAGCUCUGGAGAAAGAGUACAGAUCCACCACGUUACCGGCCUUCAAGUAUUACGUCACCUGCGCCUGCCUCAUAUUCAGCUGUAUAUUCAUAGUGCAGGUCCUCGUCCUGCCCAAAACUGCUGUGCUGGGGAUCUCCUUCGGCCUGGCAUUCCUCCUGCUGGCUUUGAUCCUGCUCCUUUGCUUCGCUGGUCACAUUCUGCAGGGAAGGAAGGGGUCCUUCUGCUCUCCGUCCUGGUUCCCCACCUCCUCCCGCAUCAUCGUCACCAACAAUCCCUGGCUGCGAUUGGUCCUCACCAUGACGACCACCGCUCUCAUACUCGUGAUGGCCGUCUUCAACAUGUUCUUCGUGGAGGACCCCGAAGGAUCCAUUGAGGACACCCCGGCCACUGCUCCCCCAGUGAAUGUGACCAACGACAGCCUACUGGGCUACCUGGAGGAAAGCAGCGGAGAAAACAAGUUUUACCUGCCGUACUUCAUCUACUGCUGUAUACUGGGACUGGUAUCGUGCUCAGUGUUCCUGAGGAUCAACUACGAGCUGAAGAUGGUGGUUAUGCUGGUUGCCGUGGUGAUCUACAACAUCAUCAUCCUCCAGACGCACGCCACCCUGCUGGAUGGAUUCAGCAAAGCGCUGUACACCACCGACACACUUGAUAGACCAGGAGUUCUGAAGGAUCUCAAGACGAUGGGCUCUGUGUCUCUUUUCAUCUUCUUCGUCACUCUUCUGGUGUUGGCCCGGCAGAAUGAAUAUUACUGUAGGUUGGACUUCCUGUGGAGGGACAAGUUCAAGAGGGAGUGUGAGGAGAUCGAAACCAUGGAGAACCUCAACCGGGUCCUGCUGGAGAACGUUCUGCCCGCCCACGUCGCCGAACACUUCCUGGGACGCAACUGGAAGAAUGAGGACCUCUAUCAUCAGUCGUACGAGUCGGUGUGCGUGAUGUUCGCCUCCAUCCCAGACUUCAAGGAGUUCUACACCGAGUCCGACGUCAAUAAGGAAGGGCUGGAGUGCCUGCGUCUCCUCAACGAGAUCAUAGCCGACUUUGAUGAGCUGCUGUCCAAACCCAAGUUCAGCGGGGUGGAGAAGAUCAAGACCAUCGGUAGCACCUACAUGGCUGCAACUGGGCUCAACGUGACGCCGGGACCAGAGUGCACACAGGAACACGACAGACAGUACAUGCACAUCGGCACCAUGGUGGAGUUCGCCUUCGCGCUGGUGGGGAAGCUCGACGUCAUCAACAAACACUCCUUCAACGAAUUCAGACUCAGAAUCGGUAUAAACCACGGGCCGGUGAUAGCGGGAGUCAUCGGGGCCCAGAAACCUCAGUAUGACAUCUGGGGAAACAGUGUGAACGUGGCCAGUAGGAUGGAGACCACGGGGCUCCUGGGGAAAAUACAGGUGACGGAGGAGACGAGUCGCAUCCUGUCCACGCUGGGCUACAUGUGUUCCUGCCGCGGCAUCAUCAACGUGAAGGGCAAAGGAGAGCUGAAGACCUACUUUGUUCACACGGAGAUGACCCGGUCUCUGUCGCAGGGGGCCGUGAUGCCCUGAAGGGGACCCGCAAGUGACCGCACAGACUCCACAACGCGACCCGUCGCGCUCCGCAACAACAACAACAACAACAAAAAACUAAAACCCCAUUACCAGCAGCGCGGCAGAACACCGGGUUCUGCCCUCGGCAACGCCGCCGCAGGGCCUUCGGCGCUGGGUGGGUUCCACACCUCGAGCGCGACCAGGACCUUUUGCCUCUUCACCGUCUAAAGGAGUGCCUGACCCAAGAGAGGGAUGCCUCAUGAGUGCAGCUCUCCAGCUACUGACCCAUUCCAGUGUUUUGCAGUGAUUCAAAGCCUUAUACCUGAGCCGUGUUAAUAUAUAUAUAUAUAUAUAUAUAUAUAUACAUACACGCAUAAAUGUAUGUAUAUAAUAUAGGAUAUAUACCUUUGCCUGGUUGGCACCGUUUUGUUUCAGAUGGAUGUUACAGUAGUUUCUUGUCUUUUAGAGCAGUUGACGCCAACAAAGAGUAGUUUGCCAAAAACCUGUGAAUUGUAUUUAUCGCUUCGGUGCUGCGUUUGUGUCCCACUGAAGACACGUUGGACUCCAGAUUCAAGAAGAAAGUAGACUUUUUUUUUCCUAUUUAAUUUUUUUAUAAUUCCAUCUGGAACCGAACAAACAGAAAUGCGUGUAACUGUCCACUGCUAUCCUUUUGGUAUUCAUUAAACAUUUGUACAUAAAUCGACGUCCUCUGUCUUUGUAUGCUUUUUUUUCUGCUUGCUAGACAAUCACAGGAUGUGCUCACAAUGCAAGUGCUUUAUUUUGGCAACUUCAUCCGUAGCCAGAACGCGUUAUGCCAAGAGCUGUUUAGCUUAGCUUAGCUUAGCACAAAUAGCUAGCCUGAAAGCGGCAUAUUUCCUUCUCUUUGUUUAUUCUUUGUUUUUGUACAGAUUGAACUAACAUUAGAUAACAUGUUAUGAAGUGUUUCAAGUGCUGCUUAGCAGAUUUUCUUAAAAACAGAACCAGGCUAACAGUGUCCUGCCUUUAUGCUAAACGAAGCCAAUUUGCUGCCAUCUACAUCUUCACAUUCCAUGGCCAGAUGUGAGAGUCAUCGGCUCCACCAUAAAAAGAAUUCCUCAAAAUGUCAAACUAUUCCUUAAAUACAUGACCAUUUGUAACUAUCACAUUCACCAAUACACCCACUAGCAUACACAUACCAAAUGUCACUAUUUGUGCACAUUUUUCCCAUGAUUACUAUAGAUUUUCUUUUCUUUUCUCAAAUAUGAAGCAUACAAUGAUUU